CCGGUGAGCCACUCGCUGUGUUUGGGCAGAGGCAGAGGAGUGGGAAACUGGCAUGGAGAGGAGGGAAGUUAUAGGCACAGCUAAUGAGAGAUAAGGAAGUUAAGAAUGAGAAGAAAGCUAGAAGAGCAAGUUUUUCAUCGCAUUCUUCAAAAAAUGGUCAAGACAAAGCUACCCUCGAGGUGCAGGACUGGUGAGGGCUGGCAAGGCUUGCCUGUGGCAAGGUUUAGAGUCACAGAAGGGAGCCCUGGAAGGAGAGAGCUCCCCUCCCGUCACCACACAGAGUCUUGCGGGAGCCACUGAGGUCAUCUUACAGAACCUUAAGCCGCUAGGUUUACUCCCCAGCCUCCUGGCUUUCUUCUGUCCUUUGAAAUAGAGCCCGGAUCCUAGGCAGCCUUGGAGUCUCGCCACUGGACCCAGUCUCCUUUAGAGGUGGUUGUGACUCUGUGCCCUGGCCCAGGGUCCCUACCUUCAUUCUCCCAGGAUCUCUGUUAGGGACUUGGCCCUCUCUUCUUCCAGCCCCCACUGGGGUAUAUGGAUGGAUUAAAUCACCUAAUUUUGCCAGGAGGGAGACAAGCAGGAUAUUGGCUCCUGAAAGAUAGAGUAGACAGGCAGUUCACCUGGGCUCAUGACGCAUUGUUAACCCACCACACACACACACACGCACGCACGCACGCACGCACACACAGAGUUUUGGUUCUGUUUCUCUCUAAGGUAGACUAGUUAUGUAAAUGAUGUUGAGAAAGGAUUUGGGAGAGUUGUGAGCAUUGAACCCUGACCUAGAAACCCUGGCCAUAAAAGCUACGGAGGCUUGGGGAAAAUAGCUGAGGUGGAUUGGUGUGGUUGGGAGGGGUGGGCAACGGAGUGGAGCGCAGUCCUCCAGCCACCUGGCCCCUUCCCUGUGAGGCUGUCUGGCCUGAAUCUUCUCUUUCCUCCCUCCUUCCCCCUGUCUCCUGUCCUCUCCAAGGGAGGCUGGGAUGCAUCUGAGAAAGAGCAGGAGGGGAGAUAAGCAGUUUAAAAACCCAGAGUCUAGGCUGGAGGUAGGAAGCCUCAGUGGACUCAGUUGUGUGUGGGCACAGCCUGCCAUGUGCCUUCCUGUUUCCACACUGGUUGGCUGGCAGGCUUAGGGCAGUAGGGUUGCUGUGUCCCUGGGAGGUGCUGGUGAAGCUGACCUGUGGGCUGCUAAGCACAUGGUGAUGAGUUUCCGGGUGUCUGAGCUCCAGGUGCUCCUCGGCUUUGCUGGCCGGAACAAGAGUGGACGGAAACACGAGCUCCUGGCCAAGGCUCUGCAUCUUCUCAAGUCCAGCUGUGCCCCCAGUGUCCAGAUGAAGAUCAAAGAGCUUUACCGUCGGCGCUUUCCCAGGAAGUCCCUGGGGCCCUCUGAUCUCUCCAUGCUCUCUCUGCCCCCUGGCACCUCUCCCGUAGGCUCCCCGGGCCCCCUAGCUCCCAUUCCCCCAGCCCUCCUGGCCCCUGGCACUCUGCUGGGCCCCAAGCGCGAGGUGGACAUGCACCCCCCACUCCCCCAGCCUGUGCACCCCGAUGUCACCAUGAAACCAUUGCCUUUCUAUGAAGUCUACGGGGAGCUCAUUCGACCCACCACCCUCGCAUCCACUUCUAGUCAUCGGUUUGAGGAAGCGCACUUUACUUUCGCCCUCACCCCCCAGCAAGUGCAGCAGAUUCUCACGUCCAGAGAGGUUCUUCCAGGAGCCAAAUGUGAUUAUACCAUACAGGUGCAGCUAAGGUUCUGUCUCUGUGAGACCAGCUGCCCCCAGGAGGAUUAUUUCCCCCCCAACCUCUUUGUCAAGGUCAAUGGGAAACUGUGUCCCCUACCGGGUUACCUUCCCCCGACCAAGAAUGGGGCGGAGCCCAAGAGGCCCAGCCGCCCCAUCAACAUCACCCCCCUGGCUAGACUCUCGGCCACCGUUCCCAACACCGUCGUGGUCAACUGGUCAUCUGAGUUUGGACGGAAUUACUCCUUGUCUGUGUACCUGGUGAGGCAGUUGACUGCAGGGACCCUUCUACAAAAACUCAGAGCAAAGGGGAUCCGGAACCCAGACCACUCCCGGGCACUGAUAAAGGAGAAACUGACCGCUGACCCUGACAGUGAGGUGGCUACUACGAGUCUUCGGGUGUCCCUCAUGUGCCCGCUAGGGAAGAUGCGGCUGACUGUCCCAUGUCGUGCCCUCACCUGUGCCCACCUGCAGAGCUUCGAUGCUGCCCUUUACCUACAGAUGAAUGAGAAGAAGCCGACGUGGACGUGUCCUGUGUGUGACAAGAAGGCUCCCUACGAAUCUCUUAUUAUUGAUGGUUUAUUCAUGGAGAUUCUUAAUUCCUGUUCGGACUGUGAUGAGAUCCAGUUUAUGGAAGAUGGAUCCUGGUGCCCAAUGAAACCCAAAAAGGAGGCAUCUGAGGUUUGCCCCCCGCCAGGGUAUGGGCUGGAUGGCCUCCAGUAUAGCCCAGUCCAAGAGGGAAAUCCAUCAGAGAGUAAGAAGAAGGUUGAAGUUAUUGACUUGACAAUAGAAAGCUCAUCCGAUGAGGAGGAUCUGCCCCCAACCAAGAAGCACUGUCCUGUCACCUCAGCUGCCAUCCCUGCCCUGCCUGGAAGCAAAGGAGUCCUGACUUCUAGUCACCAGCCAUCCUCGGUGCUGCGGAGCCCUGCAAUGGGCACGCUGGGCAGUGACUUCCUGUCCAGUCUCCCACUACACGAGUACCCACCUGCCUUCCCCCUGGGGCCCGACAUCCAAGGUUUAGAUUUAUUUUCUUUUCUUCAGACUGAGAGUCAGCACUAUGGUCCUUCCGUCAUCACCUCGCUAGAUGAACAGGACGCCCUUGGCCACUUCUUCCAGUACCGGGGGACCCCUUCCCACUUUCUGGGCCCCCUGGCCCCCACGUUGGGGAGCUCACACCGCAGCUCCACUCCAGCACCCCCUCCUGGCCGCGUCAGCAGCAUUGUGGCUCCUGGAGGGGCCUUGAGGGAGGGACCCCUGCCUUCUGGUCCUUCCUUGACUGGCUGUCGGUCAGACAUCAUUUCCCUGGACUGAAUCCCUUGGAUUACGAAACCUUCACUAUCCCUCAACACUGAGCAAGUAUGCUGUGGUGUCCCAGCCCCUGGCCACUCUGAUCCCUCGGGGGGGUUUGGCCAAAGGCCAGACAGAUCUUCACGGACAUCACUUUUGGCCUCAUCUGCCUACCAAGGCCGGCACCCAAAGGGUUAAUAUUUAACCUCCUUUUAAAGACAUUGGGGCCUAUUUUUGGAAGUGUUCUUUAGGUGGCAGCACAUUCCUUUGGGUAUGCUUGUUAACCUGGGCAGUGGGAGGCAGAUGGGAUGGGAUGAGCUGGGGGAAUGGGCUGAAUCACCAGCCUCCACUCUCUAGAGUCUUCUGGGGAGAGGUUCUUCCUCUUGUCUCCAAGAUGCCCCUCUUCCCACCCCCCAAACCCAAAUGUCCGUUCUUCUCAUGUGUAUUCCAUUCCCUUUAGCCACACAGACAGGUGGCAAAACCAAGACAGGCAGUUUCAGAGAUGGACAGAGAUCUCUAUUUUGGGUUGAAGAUUUUUUUUGUACAUAAAUGAGAAAAACCAAAACACUCCAAAGGUGACUUCCCUUGCCUCCUACUUCCCAGUAUGACUGAGGAGAAGAUGGGCCUGAGUUGUGGUCUCCAGGGGUUUGGAAGCAGGGAGGGCCUGGUCUGUUGCCCAGGUCUCUCUCUAUUUAUAUAUAUUUAAGUUCGCAGUGUUUCUUAAUGGCAGUCAGCCUGGGGCCUAAGCUUCUUAGAGACCCAUGGCCCGGUGGGCAGGCCUGGCUCAUUUUGCACCUUUCCUGGGUGGUGGGAGGACCCCGUGCCCUCCUUUCCAGUCAUUUUUCCAGGCUCCUCCGGGGCCUAGGACGUAUGUUGUAAUUUUACUUUUUAUUCCCAAAGCUGUAGCAAAGUUCUCACCCACAAUAAAGGUUGUGAAUGUUC